GUUUUGGUGAAGUCAAUUGCUGGAUAGGACUGUUUGCCAAAUUGCCAAUUAAAGCCUUUAAUUCGUUUUUCAUUUAUUUCACUCUAGCUUCUAAAGCAAUGCAAGACAAAAAAUAUCUCACCGCCAUUUAUAACCUUAACCUCAUUCACAUUAGCUACCUCACACAAUGGCAACCUUGGCGCAAUUGUGUCUACUGUUGAUUCUGUUUGUUGUUCCUCUGAGAGGAGAAUCAAGCUGCGACACCGUAUCAUGCGGCGCAAUCGAUAUAGAAUUUCCUUUUGGUCUGAAUAAAAGCGAAAGCCGUGGAUGUAGGCGUGGCUACCCGAGAUUCGAAGUGUGGUGCGACAAGCGUAACCGAACGCUGCUGAGAGUGGCAGGUUCGGGGGAUUUGGUGGUGAAGAGCAUAAACUACGAGGCGCAAACGGUUAAGGUUAACGACCCCGAAGGUUGUCUCCCCAAACGUUUCUUGCAGAACCUCAGUCUCUCCCUGCACCCACCUUUCACGUUCGACGCAACACUUUACGACCUAACCUUCCUUCGAUGCCCUUCCAAUUCCACCGUAACAAAGGUGCACCCGCUCCCACCCAUUUCCUGCCUGCGGGACUCCGACUCCGACUCGGUCAUAUUCUCGUGGUGGCCUCUCAGUGACACGUCACCCUGGCGCGAUGAGUGUGAGGUGAUAUCCUCGGCUUUCGUGCCCAUUGCGAAUCCGGAGGCAACGGCGUCGCUUUUGGUGGCAGAUCUUAACGACGACGUUGCGUUGAAGUGGCACGUACCGGCGUGUGGGGAUUGUGCGGGCCGUGGCGAGCUUUGCGGCUUCACCGGAGACACCAGUCUUCAAGUUGGAUGCUUCCCUGCUGCUACUACUCCUCAGAAAACCCAAGGACUUUCAAGAAGUGCCAAAUAUGGCUUAACGAUAGGAGUGGGAAUACCUGGACUGCUGUGUUUAACUGGGCUUUGCUGCUUUAUGUGCAGUAAAUUUGACGUGUACGCACAUCGCCACCGGGCUGGGCCCAGCAACGAGCUUCCGAGCUCGAUUACUACCUUCCCACCUCUGUCGUUCACAAUGGGCCUGAAUGGGCCAGAAAUUGAAAAACUCCCCAAAACUUUAAUUGGUGACAGUGGGCGGUUACCGAAUUCGAACGAUAACACGUGCCCAAUAUGCCUGUCAGAAUACGAGCCCAAGGAGACACUGAGAACCAUACCCGAAUGCAACCAUUACUUUCAUGCACACUGCAUAGAUGAGUGGCUCAAGAUGAACGCCACGUGUCCCUUAUGCAGGAAUUCACCCGAUCCAUCUUCUACUGUUACCCCUUCUUCUUCAUCUUUAUCAAUUUAUUCCCCUUUGCCAUAGAUAAUCAGUGAACACAAGUGUUGUCAAGCGUUGGUGUCUCUUCUGUAAUAUACAUUUUUUUUUAUAAAUGUUUUACUACUUC